AUAUCGUGAGGGGGCGUGGACUUGCAGGUGCUGAAAACUGCGGAAGCGGAAGCCGUCGUAGCGUCGUAUCCUCGAAGAUUCCUGAAGAACUACUCAGGCUGUAGGAUCUGGUUUCGGACAGCCUGAGACAGUCAAUGCAGUCAGGGGGAAGACAGAGCAGCAGGAUGUACGCUCACUAGACCAGCACUCAAGCAACAUAAAAUACAUCUUUGACACACAGACUUUAGAACCAGAUCCCGGUGGUUUGAUUCCCCACCUCCCCCCCCCAGACACCAUGACGUCCUCUAUGCUCCGCAGACAGCUGAAGAACCUGGUCCAGAACUACUCCGAGGCUGAGGUCAAGGUGAGAGAGGCGACGUCUAAUGACCCGUGGGGCCCAUCCAGCACUCAGAUGGCAGACCUGUCUGAUCUGACCUACAAUGUGGUGGCCUGCAACGAGAUCAUGACAAUGCUCUGGAAGCGCCUUAAAGACGACAAGAACUGGAGACACAUUCACAAGUCCCUGACACUGCUGGAGUACCUGUUAAAGACCGGGGACGAUCGUGUGCUCCUGAAAAUGAAAGACAACAUCUACAUCGUCAAAGCCCUCACAGAGUAUCGCUUUGUAGAAAAAGAUGGCAAAGAUCAGGGUGGAAAUGUGAGAGAGAAGGCCAAAGUUGUCCUUGUUCUUAUGGAGGAUGAUGAGAAACUAAAGGAGGAGAGAGACUUUGCCCUCAAGACCAGAGAGAAGACUUCCAAAGGUUCUGCUGCCUCAUCCACGGAUGCCGUCACGGAUCCUAACUACAAGCCAGUCUACGUUCCCGGGACCUCAGGGCUUCCAUCCUUAGACAACAUACCCUCAGUGGCUGACUUGGCUGCUUCCUUCGCUGCCCGCAAAGAGGAGCGUCUUAAACAGGAAGCGGAGAAGAAAGACGCAGAGAGGAGGGCUAAAAUGAGUGAAGAGGAGCUGAAAUGGGAGGAUGCCGGGAAAGGCAAUGACGCAAAAGGGGGUGCCUGGGGAGGUGAAAAAGCAGAGAAGAAGGAGGAGGAGGAGGUGAAAGAACCUAAAGAGGCCACAGAUCCAUGGGGCACAUCAGCAAAACCUGACACAAAGGCUAGCACUGAUCCUUGGGGUGCUCCAGCUAAAACUGAGGAAGAUCCAUUUUCAGCAGCAAAAACGGUUGAAAAUUCAUUUGCUGCUCCAAAGAAUGAAGAAGAUCCUUUUGCAGCCCCAAAAGAUGACCCGUUCAACACCCCAAAAGAUAGUUCAGACCCCUUUAAUGCACCCAAAGACAAGGAGGAUCCAUUUGCUGCACCACAAGAUAAACCAGAUCCCUUCAAUUCGUCUAACAAUGAUCCCUUCAACGCCCCAAAGGAUGAUCCGUUCAACGCCCCAAAGGAUGAUCCGUUCAACGCCCCAAAGGAUGAUCCGUUCAACGCCCCAAAGGAUGAUCCCUUCAACGCCGCAAAGGAUGAUCCCUUCAACGCCGCAAAGGAUGAUCCCUUCAACGCCGCAAAGGAUGAUCCCUUCAAUGCCGCAAAGGAUGAUCCCUUCAAGGCCCCAAAGGAAGAUCCCUUCAAGGCCCCAAAGGAAGAUCCCUUUAACGCCCCAAAGGAAGAUCCCUUUAAAGCCCCAAAGGAAGAUCCCUUCAACGCCCCAAAGGAAGAUCCCUUCAACGCCCCAAAGGAAGAUCCCUUCAACGCCCCAAAGGAUGAUCCCUUCAACGCCCCAAAGGAUGAUCCAUUUAAUGCGCCAAAGAGUGACAAAUGUAAUGCUCCAAAAGAGGAUCCUUUUAACACCCUAAAUGAUGAUCCUUUUAAUGCUCCAAAGCGCGAUCCUUUUAAUGCCCCAAAUGAUGACCCAUUCAGUACCCCAAGAGAUGAUCCAUUCACUGCACCAGCUUCAACACCCACUAAGGAAGACCCAUUUUCAGCCCCAGCCUCGUCUAAAGAUGACCCCUUUAUUGCUUCCACAACACCACCUAAACCUGAACCUUUCUCUACACCCAUUAAACCUUCCCAAGACGACCCUUUUACUGAUGCAACAACACCCCCCAAAGAGGAUCCUUUUGCUGCACCAUCCAAACCUACAAAAGACGACCAUUUUACUGCAGCAACAACACCACCCAAAGACGACCCUUUUACUGCAGCAACAACACCACCCAAAGAGGACCCAUUCACAGUGCCAUCCAGUCCACCAGAAGGUGAUGCCUCGGAUCCCUUCAAUGCCCCUCCGGUGACCUCGCCCCAAGGCAGUGCAGAUUUGUGGGGAGCCCCUGCUAGUUCUCCACCCGCCAUCGGGUCAGAUCCCUGGGGGCCACCAUCUGCUCCAAAGGAAACAAAGAGCGGAGAUCCCUGGGGGGAUGGAACGAACCUCUCCUCACCCAUUGAUCAUUCUGAUGCAUUUGGAGAUUCAUCCAACCUGGACAAUGACCCAUGGGGAUCCCCAGCUGCAGCUCUAGUUAGCACAGGUGAUGCGUGGGGUUCACCUGCUCCACCCUUAGACUCCUCCCCAUCCAGUGACCCCUUUGGAGAUGGUGCCUCUAAAAAGAGUGAUCCUUGGGGUGCUCCAAGUAACGCAUCUAGCAAUGACACAGGAAAGCAAACGGCGCAGGAAGAGAAGUUUCAUAAAAAGACUGCGUCGUUUCUGGGCUCUGCGGGGGCGUCGCUUGUUGACCUGGAUGAUCUAUUUUCUUCUAACCCCAAACCCAAACAGCGCCCCCUCGCCAACAAGCUCGUUGCCCAGACUCAAGCCAUCGGCGCUUUCAAAGCCAGGGGCAUGGCAUCUGGCCCUGUGGUCAGAUCAGGGACUGUUGCAGGGGGGUUCCUUCCUGAAACAUCAUACAGCAGUCAUUUUGGUUCCACCCUUGCUCCCUCCUUCGGUGCACCUUCUCCCUCUUCUGGAGCUGCUAAUCCUUCCAGUGAAACUCCCCUAUUUCAGCUACCGUCUCACACCAUGAGCUCAAAUAUGGCUCAGGUGGCUCCUCCGUUCACAGGAACAGGAAUGGUACAAUCCGUUUCUGUGGGAGGGAGUCCACAAAUGGGCCUUAACGUGAACCCCCCCUUUGGAGGAGUGGAAAUGGUGCAUUCUGGACUCCCGGUGGGGAAUCCUUUGGCAGACCCCCUGUCAUUGGGAACAGGAAUGGGUCAGUCCAGUUUCUAUGGAGGAUAUCGCCAAGCAGGAGUGGCUCAAUUGGGAGGAUCCACUCCACUGGGCGGCGGGGGAGUCCCCUUCCAGCCACAGUUUCUCUCAGGCAGCGGGUCGGGUGAGAACUUGAACAAAAAUAACAAUCCAUUCCUGUUCUGAUACCUUGCCCUGUAUUCCUUCCUGUUAGAUGCAUGCAUUAUAUAAAGGGAUCACACUGGGUAGUUUGACAUGUUUUAGCCUUUUAAAUGUAUAUGUUGUAAACAUUUUCCAUCGCAAACAUAGCAUGGGUUGAAAUUGCUUUAUUACGUACCUCCAGGCAGCCAUUGGUUCUCAGUUACCCUCAUCUUAAUUUUCCGUCAACCUUGCAAUAGAUAAUUAAAAUUGAUUUCAGUUUUGUAGGCAGGGACUUUUAAAAGAUCUCGUAUUGAAAGGCACGUGAAAAAGAUGGUGGGAAUUUGGCCAUUUCUCGGGUUAAAAAGGUUGCUUUUCAGCAGCCGUCUCUCAAAGCUCAGAUGUCCUGAAUGCAUCAAGAAAGAAGACCAAAUAAGGAGACAACAGUUCAGUCGUAAGAGUGCCUGCUCCUAACUGAUUCAGCUUAUAAUAAUAACAUUAAAUUGACAAAUGUGGUGGGCUGAAAUCAAUGACCUCCUGGAAGGUAGGAAACAGUAUAAACCCUUUUAUGGUAAUCUUUUGGAAAAUGAGCAGUAGUUACAUGUAUAUAACUUGUCAGGCUAAAACAUGCAAAACAACUUGAAAGAUCCUUUAAUUGAACUCCUCCCCUUCUGAUCUACACAUGUCCAAUCAAUAUAAUAGCCAUGGUUUAAAUGUAUGCAAUACAACACAAUGCACACAAAUCUAUUGGCAAGGCCAGCAGUCGUAUUCUUUUUCAUGCACAAGUCUGAGAAACGAUCUGAAUGACUCUGAAGAAUUAGUGUAGAUGUGAGUGUUGAGCUGUAAAACAUUGACAGAACUGAUCCAGGAAAGACGUCACUGUGGGUUAUCAGUAAUUGUGUGUGUGUUUGCACAAGGCAGAGUGUGUGUGCAUGCGUGUGUGUGUUUGUUCUAUACUGUAUAUUGUGCUGAUGUAAAUACUAGAAGUAAUCACAGAUAAACCUUGAAAUAUGCUGUAUAUUAGAGUGUUACAAUCAUGAGUAACUAUUUAUGGAUCUAUUUAUUGAUUUAUUGCUUGAUUAUUUAUUGAUGCAGCAAUCCAACAAAGUUCAGGUUAACUUUCAUUACAGUGUCACUAUCACGCGGGUUGACCUGACAGUAUUUAUUACAAGGGAUUUCAAGCAUGAUCGGCUUCAAUCUGAUACGGCUGUUCAAGAACUGCACUAUCAAUCAACUCUGUAACCAAUGGUGGCUUUCUCUUCCCGGUUUUAGAUUUGUAGUCGUUCAGGAUUUGUUGUGUUAUUGAACAUGUCUUCUCUGUAUGUCUAGGCAUUAUACGUGAGUGAGUGAGUGAGUGAGUGAGUGUGUGUGUGUGUUUGUGUGUGUGGACAUAUUUCAACACACACCUUAAUUGCUGUAUGUAGUUCUACAAACAGCUGCUUCCUUGUGUCUGGAAAUACAUUUUUGACAUGUUUUGACU